AUGAAAAUUUUAUCAGAAUUUCACAAAACUUACAACACUGAAGACAAUCGAAGAAUUGUGUCUCUGCCUAGAAAACCAUUGGUCACACCUUUGCCUACAAACAAAAUUAUAGCGGAAAACAGAUUUCAUUCUCUUCAAAAAAGACUUGCAUCUAGUGAUGUGUUAAAGACACAAUAUGACAAAUGCAUGCUGAAUUACAUUGAACAAAAGCAUGUUGAAGUUUGUUCCAUAGAUGAAUCCAAUGAGAAGCCAGUAUAUUACCUUCCUCAUCAUGCUGUAAGAAAGAAAACGCAAUCUGAAACCAAGUGGAGAAUUGUGUUUGAUGCUUCCUCGCAUGCUCCAGGAAUGAUUUCACUGAACGAUACCUUGGAAGCUGGCCCGAAUCUUCUUCCUGAAUCUAUUGGUUGUCUACUAAGAUUUCGAUUGCAUGAAUUCGCUGUUACAUGUGAUGGUAAGCAAGCUUUUUUACAGUUGUCACUACAUAAAGAAGAUAGGGACGUCACAAAAUUUUUCUGGUACAAAUUAAAAUCUGAUUCAUCUCAACCUACUACUUUUACAGAUGAAAUAACUGUUUACAGAUUUACUCGUCGUUUACCAUUUGGCCUUACUUGCAGUCCGUUUUUACUCUGUGCUGCGACACGAGAAUUGGCUGCAAAACAUAUCGCAGAAUUUCCAAUUGCUGCACCAAUGAUAGAUAAACAUCUCUAUAUGGAUGACUUUCUUGCUAGUAUGGAAACUGAAUCACGCAUUAUAAUGCUAUAUCACGAGAUCAAGAAUUUAAUGGCUCUAAUGAAAUUGCCUAUGGAAAAAUGGGCUACAAACUCUUUGAAACUCAAAGAUGUACUACAAACACAUGAAGAAUCUCACAAAACGGAAACAACUGUCUUAGGUAUUGGCUGGAAUACAAAUUCUGAUACUUUGAAGCACAUCAUUCAAGACUUCCAUACAUGGAUUCUUGGAAUCAAGUGGGAUGAAUUACUACCUGCUAAUUUAUCAACUUUAUGGUAUGCAGCUGUGAAAGAACUUGAUGACAUUUGCUCCCUUCAAAUUCCUCGAUGCAUAGGGAUUUCAUCACAUGUUCCUUUUGCUAUUCAUGUGUUUUGUGACGCAUCUGAACGUGCCUAUGGUUCAGUUCUGUACAUUGUUACCUUUAAAGGUGACCAAUCGAAUGUGAAUUUAGUGUGUAGUCGCAACAAAACUAGCUCCUAUAAAGAAAGUUACCUUACCUUACCUCGUUUGGAGCUCUUGGCGGCCCUGAUGGGAGCACGAUUGUUGCAAUAUUUCUGUGCUGAAAACAACAUCUGUUCGUCAAAUGCAACAUUGUGGAGUGAUUCUCAAGUUGUCUUAGGGUGGAUACGCAGUGACCCCAACAAAUGGAAAACUUUUGUUAGCAACAGAGUAACAGAAAUUAUUUCCUAUACCAAUCCUUCACAAUGGAGACACAUGCCCUGGCAAAGACAAUCCAGCUGA